CGCCGACUAAGUUGCAUUCCUUGAAUCUUCGCCGAAAAGACCAUUCUUCAAUCAGAGUUAGUAAUGUGGAGAGUACAAAAUCGAGAGAGUUUGGGGCUUCUCUCUUUCCCUGUGAUGAUUGCCAUGGUCUGUUGUGCACACAGCACCAACGAGCCCAGUAACAUGUCAUACGUGAAAGAGACAGUGGACAGAUUGCUCAAAGGAUAUGACAUUCGCUUGCGGCCGGACUUUGGAGGGCCCCCCGUGGACGUCGGGAUGAGGAUCGAUGUCGCCAGCAUAGACAUGGUCUCCGAAGUGAACAUGGAUUAUACACUCACCAUGUAUUUCCAGCAGUCUUGGAAAGACAAAAGGCUUUCUUAUUCUGGAAUCCCACUGAACCUCACGCUAGACAACAGGGUAGCUGACCAACUCUGGGUGCCUGAUACCUACUUCCUGAAUGACAAGAAAUCCUUCGUGCAUGGGGUGACAGUGAAAAACCGAAUGAUCCGGCUGCAUCCUGAUGGGACAGUUCUCUACGGGCUCCGCAUCACAACCACAGCUGCUUGUAUGAUGGACCUGCGAAGAUACCCUCUGGAUGAACAAAACUGCACCCUGGAGAUUGAAAGCUAUGGUUAUACCACCGAUGACAUUGAGUUUUACUGGAAUGGCGGAGAGGGAGCAGUAACGGGAGUCAAUAAAAUUGAGCUUCCUCAGUUUUCAAUUGUCGACUACAAGAUGGUGUCCAAGAAGGUGGAGUUCACAACUGGGUCAUAUCCACGACUGUCACUGAGCUUUCGUCUAAAGAGAAACAUCGGUUACUUCAUUUUGCAGACCUACAUGCCUUCCACACUGAUUACAAUUCUGUCCUGGGUGUCUUUUUGGAUCAACUAUGAUGCUUCUGCAGCCAGAGUCGCACUAGGAAUCACCACAGUGCUGACAAUGACAACCAUCAGCACGCACCUCAGGGAGACCCUGCCAAAGAUCCCUUAUGUCAAAGCGAUUGAUAUUUACCUGAUGGGUUGCUUUGUGUUUGUGUUCCUGGCUCUGCUGGAAUAUGCCUUUGUGAAUUACAUCUUCUUUGGAAAGGGCCCCCAGAAAAAGGGAGCCGGCAAACAGAACCAGAGUGCCAACGAGAAGAACAAACUGGAGAUGAAUAAAGUCCAGGUCGACGCCCACGGCAACAUUCUCCUUAGCACCCUGGAAAUCAGGAACGAGACGAGCGGCUCGGAAGUGCUCACAGGCGUGAGCGACCCCAAGACCACCAUGUACUCGUAUGACAGCGCCAGCAUCCAGUACCGCAAGCCCAUGAGCAGCCGCGAGGCCUACGGGCGCGCGCUCGAGCGGCACGGCGCGCACAACAAGGGGCGCAUCCGCCGGCGCGCCUCGCAGCUCAAGGUCAAGAUCCCCGACUUGACUGAUGUGAAUUCCAUAGACAAGUGGUCCCGAAUGUUUUUCCCCAUCACCUUUUCUCUUUUCAACGUCGUUUAUUGGCUUUACUAUGUACACUAAGGUCUGUCCGAAUGGUUCAGAAACGGCUACUUUCCUCUUCUCUUGACUUUUAACCCCACAGGUCCCCAGCAGCGAUACUGCUGUGCUUUUUGAGGUAAGAGAUUCAGCCAUCUAAUUGGUUUUAGGUCUUGCAUAUCAAUUUUAUUACCGCACCAUGUUUACUUCAAAAAAAAAAAAACCUAUUUUUUUCCCAGUCUACAGUGGUCCAGGUUAUCAGCUCUUUCAGAGCUCUAUUAAUUGCCAUGUUUACAAACACACACACACACACAGAAGUUAGAUAGGUAGCUCUUGAGCAGUGCUUCCUAGUUGCCCCGGAUUGUAUUAAUUUUGUUGUUAGUAAAGAAUGAAAAGAGGACUUAGCUCUCUGUUCAAACUGCUUCCUGGUAAACUGUAACAAUCUCAUACUGCCAAAAAACAACUCAAUUUCCAGGAUCUCAGAAGGAAAAAAAAAAAAGCCAUUGACAAGUUACAGAUUUCCAGGAAGAAAAGAAAACAGAAAGGAGCCUAGAAGAGGAAGGAAGACUCCCCUCCACUCCCAAGUGCCCCCAGUUCUGGAAAGCAGAAGGGGUCUCGGGUCCGUGGAGGAGGAGGGAGGGAUUGGCAAGGGCUGGUGGAGGUUAUGCAAACCCAAUCUGCCAGCUUCACCUCUCCAUUAAACCGAAUAUUUGGAAGAAUACUUCUUUCUCAGAAUUCCAGGCUGAUUUAAAGUUCACGUUAAAAUCCAACCCGAUAACCAUGGAGGACAUUUUUCUUUUCUUCUUGAGGAUAAGAGUAUGGGGAUUGAUGACUUUUUUUCUUUGAACUAUUUCAAACGAGCAGCCCUGAUCUCAUUCAUUAGCCUGGAAUCACUUGACACUGUGCCAUGAAACAAUGUCCUCAUGUUUCCCUCGUCCCUGCUCUAGAGAGUGUAAGAGGAAGGGGGAUAGGAGGAGAGGGCUUCAAAGAUGGGGAUCACGAGCAAUUUUUGCUUGAGAAAAAUAUUGCCCUUUCCAGGAGGAAGGCGAGACUUACGUGCUGUGAAAAGGGUGCCUGGGCAGUUACCUGAACUGCCAAAUCUUCAAUCAAAUAGUAUAUAUUUCUUAGCCUUCCAGAGAGCAGUGUCUAAAGGUGAUCGGCUAGCUGGCCGGGUCUCAGCUAGCACCUUAGGGCUCUGCUCUCUGAGCUCUGCAUUCCACACUAUGAAGUGGUUGUUUCGGGAAAUGAACGCACACCGGUUUCGGUGUCAUACUUCUCUGAGGCCAGAGCUUUAUUUUAAAGGAAAUCUGAAAAGAGCAAAGCCAGAGAUAACAGCCACUAUGACAAACUCACUGGGCCUUUAAACAUUCAUACCAGCCCCUAAAGUAAAGACCCUGUCUACACUCAUGAAUCACCAUCAUCAUUGUGCUGCCUUAUCUCUGUCCACAGAUCACUCUGGUCAUCGUCAGAGAAGGGCCAUCUCUCAGUCGCCCAAAACACAAUUCUAAAUAUGUCUAACCAGUUGCAGAUGAGGUCCGUCCCAUUUUAUGUCAUUAAAGCCCCAUUGCUUUGUUUGUGUGUUUGCUUUAGCUUGAGCGUUAAAGAAUUCUACAUGUUCAUUUGCAAAGUUGAGUGAAACCCUAAGUUGACCAACCAGUUAUGGAGGCAAUUGGGACCUACUUCUUGGAUAUAAGAUAGGGUUGAGGUAAUAAUAGGGAUGCUCUGGCUUUCUCCCUAAGGCUAUGAUCAGGGUCCAUGUUUACAAUCACAUCAGCUACUAGAAAUUGUAGCUUUAAUUGAAAGAUAAGGCUGAAUUCCUACUGAUGAGGCCAAGUAGAGAGAAAGUGAUAAGAUAUUCUUUUAGAAAGCAAGAAGAUUAUCCCAGAAUAUAAUGAAUGGUUAAGGCUAACAGAUAAUACAUAUUAGUAAAAAUAUAAAAACUCUUCUUUACCUGGGAAAACUAUCCAAUGUUUUCAUAAGAGAUUAAUAGAAAUGAUUUAAUAAGAAAAACCUAAUUUUCAUUUAGGUUUUGAUUGCACAAUCACAGUUCCCUGGUUGAGGAAAUCUUUAGCUCCUGGGGAUGAAGUAACCCAUUUUGAAACUGAGUAGUUCCUUGGCAGGGUGAGUCACUGUGCCCUUGUAAAAUGCCCAAAUGGGGUGGAAAGUGAGCAUACCAAUGUUCCCAAAGACCACCCAGGAACCACUGUGUAGCCAUCUAUUUUCAACACAGAAAGGGAGACGUUUGGCUAAUGCUUAACAGAAAUGAAUCAUUCUGAUGUCAAAACACUUUAAAAAGCUUUUAAGGAUGAAAUGCUACAUCAGAUAGAAAGUAUCCGUACUCUGUGUUCCUUAACAAAACAUUUUUCUUUAUUUAUCUGUUUAGAUCAUUCUUCUUGGAAAAGAUUGAGGUAAUUCAAAUUUUCUUAUUAUUUGUAUCUUGCCUUAAAAGUCUAAAGAAUUUUAUGCUUGUAAUUUAGAUGUAUCUUUAAGGGAGAAAGAGAACAUUUGGAAUUCUUCUAUCUUAACCUUUGUAAAAUGUAAAAUUUAUAAGCCUGAGUAUUCCAUCAGGCGCAAAAUGGUGUCACUGUAUGCCCUCCUGGACGGUACAGGGGUGACAACCACCACCCUGCAACCCUGUUAAAUAGCUCUGACUUAAGAGGUGAUGGCAGCCAGAAAGCCUGAGAAGCCGCCGUGUUUCUGGUGAAUGCUCCCUAAUCCCCACUUCUUUCUUCUGGAUGCCUCCUAAGCAAAUUCUCCCUGCUUUGGACCCCACCCACUUUUCUUCCAGGCUGAAAAAUGAAUGGGAAAAAAACCCUUCCUCUCUCCCUCUCUCCCUUGUUUUAUCCGAAAUGAUGUACAUAAAACAUGAAAGCUGUUAGACAUUCUUAAGCACCCUUGAACCAGCCCUUAUUCCUGGAAGAUUCAGAUCAAGACAUAAUAGAGAUUUACUGUUUAACUAUUUGGUUAUUUUCUUUCUGCCAUGAAAAUAGCCAUAAUCUCCUUCAUCACUGAAGUGGCAGCAGAGGCUGACAACUGCAUGGACUCUCUUAUGCUAUAGGCACGUCCAGGGGACUCCAAGUUCACAGUUCUGAAACUGUGACCUAUCUUGUGUCAUGAACUUCACCUGUGAGAUCCAACGUAAACCCCAUCUUUCACUUGACAGCGAGGACUACACACUCAUUUCUCCCACUCAUGUUCUUUGGCUUAAAAUAUCAGGGGUGAUGUGUGUAUUACACUUAUCAGCUUUGUAAAGCAAAGACCCAGGUAAAGACAUUUUUUUGGCUUGAAUUACCCAAGAUUAUUGCCUCCUCUAUAUUGCCAAAUAGAAACAGCAGACUGGUUGGUAAUUCUGCUGACUAAGUGUUACGUGUUUUCAUACAUACCAUCUUUAUUGUGUAUUACAAUCAAUGAAGGAUCUUGAAAGUGCCAAGAGAAAAAUGUGGUGCAGAGAAUAAAGCUUGGUUUACGGAUCCAAGAUAGGUUUUCCUCCUAAAAUCAAUGACUACUUUAUAAAUAAUUCAUUUAAAAAAGGAGCUCGGUUAAAAUUUGCCGUGUUAAACAAAGAAAAAGGUAUUUAUAAUGCUAAAAGGAAAUGAUCUCCAAGAUUUCUUGUAUGGACAAUUUUGAAUAGUAUCUUACCAAAGGGUGAUAUGCCACAAUUUUUUCUCCUAAACAAAGUGUAACCAUAUAUCCCAGAAGGAAGAAAAGGGUAUGUGCAAGCAAGCAUUUGUUCAUGCUGGUCCAAUCAGCAGUUACUGGGAUGGGGAGGACAGAUAUACAAAACUAUCUCAGUUUCUAAAAGCAAACAAGUAGACACAAAGGUAAAUUCGGUAACGGGAUGUAGAAUAUCAUGUAAACUUCCUUGUAAAUUCUGUACAUAUUUCAUUGAACUGUUCCCUGUUGAGUGGUGGUCCUCAGCUUUGGGUGGACAUUUGAAAUAUCUGAGCAUUGUAAAUAAUGUAAGCUUCUAAGGCACUUGCUUUUAUUCCUGAAGUGAAAUGACUAGUGAUUUGGGCCCAGUCCAGAAUCUGUUGAGCUCUUGCUCUCUCUCUCUGCCAUCUUCUGCGUCCACUUGUGUGACUCCGCCAGGUGUCUGUGAUCACGGCCUCACGCCCCAGCCCCACCGGCAGGGACAGGAACUGCCGAGGAGGCUGCAGGCCCCCGGGGCUCGGGAACAGCACACCAGCAGAGACAGAAACGGUAGCGAGCCGCUCUUGGAAAUGUGCCCUGAAAAGUGGACGUGUUUUUAUGUCAUUUGUGGCUAUUUAUAUAUUCGGAUACCAAAUUAUCUGUGCUUUACGGGGGGUAAGGAAUGGAAGAGAUGGUCAAAAUCCACAGGUAAUCCAAAGCUUCAUUUGCACCAAUGGCUUUAGCUUCUAAUUUUUUUCCUUCCACAAUGUUUCCCAGAACUUUUAACAAGAAUAGAAGUGGAUGUUUGGGUUCGAUCAGGGUCAAAUGUCCAAAUAAUGGGGAGGAGAAAAGGAAGAGAUAGCAAAUGACAUUGAUAACACCAGAUGGCUGAUUCAUUUCUGAAAGAUCCAGAGGUAACCAUGUCACUCUUUUUAAAGCUAAAGAGAAAUACUGGGAAUUAAAACAAGUGUUUUUCAAUUGGGGGCCCAAGGUAUGUUUGAUACAUGCUAGUUAAAAGAGAAUUUGAUAAUUAAAUAUUCUCAAAUAUAUUUCUCCCAAAUCCUGGUAUUCCUGAAAAAAAUCAAAAUGGUGGGAUAUUAUGCCAUAAGAUGUGUUUCCAUGCAGCCUGGCAGCCCCAGAGAGGGUGAUAGUAUCCACAGAAAUUCAUAAUAUCCAAGCAAGCAGGGUCUUAGAUUGGUUGUUUCUUAGUCACAUCUCAGAGUGCCCAAAGCCUUUCUUAGAGGUAAGAACUUGGCAAGACAGAGCUUUUUGUGCCAGCAUUUUAAACGCCAGGAGGGUGCAUGGAGCCAUCACUGUGAGACAUUUUGGUUCACAAAUGUGCCAACUAGGAUCCGCCAUCCACUGAAUCAGAAAAAAUGCUCUGUUGAAACUAAUCAAUUUCUAGGUUGAAAAUACAUUAUGCUUUUUUACUUUAAUCUUGCUUUAUCUAAUUAACUGAAAUCAACUACACCAAAAGAGAAUUCAUCGUUACUGGUUGCAGCUCAAAAGCAGACAUUUGAAAGGGAAUGCUUUUUUAAUAGAAGAGUUGCAAACCAGAAAAUACUAAGUUCCCGGGAGGGUAAGGGAAAGAGUUUGUAGUGUGUUUUUAGCUCUCCAGUAGCAAGAACUUCCUUAUUCGAACUCAAGACAUCUAAGAGUUGUUUUGUUUUUCCUAAGUAAAAACUCCUUGGUACAUCAAGGGGCUCACAACCAUCCCUGACUGGCCCCCAGAUACCUCACGCAUCCAACCAGCACUCAUCACAAAGGCUUCAGUAGGGAUGAACUGUGGGAAAAGUAGGUGUUGUAUUUUUGACUGAGCUGGGGAAGAAAACCAUUUCACUCAACAACUUUACCUGCAUUUCCUCUGCAGAGAAUAGAAAAAAAUAAAUCAAUAAAAGACAGGCCAAAUAACUUUAUACAUUUGCAUUUGCCUUAGGUAUACAGGGUCACAGAUUCACUAGCUUAAAACACCCCCAGUAGGAAGCUGAAGAAUAAAUAGGAGGAAGCAGAAUUGCUACCUGGCUCCUGCUUCUCCCUGGAUUUCCUUUUAAAGAGAAAUGGGGAAGGAGGGACACUCUCCAAUAUAAUUUUUAUAAGUGAAACUUAUUAAAAUAUGAUAUGUGUGUGCAUUUUGUGGGGUUCACUGUACAAAAUAGAUUACCUCUCUUAUGUUCGUUCCUUCCAGCAUUAUACAACCAUCCUGCCUCAUGUCUUAACCCAAUGAAAUUGAUUCAUUUACUGUAUUUCUCAGACUAUAAGACAUACUCCCCCCCCCCAAAUUUUGGAAGAAUAAUGGUUGUUAAUACUGCUGUUGAGUUCUGUUUACAUUUACAUUGGUGAAAUAUUAUGUUAUUUAUGCUAUUAAAUAUUUUACCACAUUUUUUGCUUCAAAAUUUUCUUUCCUAUUUUCCUCCUCUGAAACCUAUGUGUGUCUUAUGGUCUGAAAAAUACGGUACUUGUCUUCUCAUUUCAAAUCUCAUAAGCCAUUUGUCCAUGAAUAUCUGAAAGCUUCAGCUUUUGUGAACUUAUAUUGCUAAUCUUCAGUUGAAUCUGAAAAAAAUAAUAAAUUUUAAUAAUGUUCUCAAAUUCCUACUCUGAAUGUCUUUAAAAAGUAGCUUGUAGCCCCCUCUGAACUGCUUUGGGUUACUUUUCUGCUUUUCCAUCCCUUAUUUGAAAAGCACAUGUGUUUACAUAAACCUUCUCUUUCCCAGCAUAAUUCAAAAUAACAUGGAAAUAAAAAUUAUUAGCUCAAGCCUAGGAAAACCUAUAUUAUCUAAACCAAUGCUUGAUAAUACCAUCUCUUUACAUUAUGUAGUUGUAAUAUGGUCAACUCAUACAUCAUCAAUUCUUUUUCAUCAAACCCAUUUAUUGACACCCUCCUUCAGCCUUAAUUGUAUGCCGUUUAAAAAUCUAUUAUUAGUCCUCCCAGAAUGGCUUAUCAUUCACUGAGCACACCACUUGUUACAGACUAUCCUCUAGGAACUUGACCCACUCCAUCUUUUCUGUGUCUUAUUCUUAUUGCAGAUUCUCACCUCUAGAGAUCACCUUACAUAACCCCCCUUGACUUCCUAGCAGACAUUAACAGAUCAUAAUGUAAACUGUCUAAAUCACCCCUAUAAAAUAUAUAGAAUAUUUUUCCUCUAGAUAGCAUUUCUAUGCUUAGAGAACAGAGAGUUCUCCACACAUAUACCAAGCAAUGCACAGCCGAACUUUAAACACGAACAAUCAAUGAGCCGCUUGGGAAGUUGGAAGAGAGAAGUUAUAGUGGGAGAGACAACAUCCUUGGAAUUCAGAGCGUGUGACCUGGCCUUUACGCUGUCUCUACCACUGCCCAAUGGUGUGACUCUGGGCAUGCCAUCAGAGGAGUUCCAA